GAUUUCGGUUAACGAAUAUAAUGGUUUGAUAGUGAACCAGAUUCUUUUAGCAACAAUCUCACCAUGGUUAUUAUUAUUAUUAUGCACCAUCUGCGAUUGCCCUUAUGAUUAUUUUGGCCAAACCAGUCUUCUCUCUGAAAAAUUAAUAUACGUGGGUCUUUAUGGUUUUUCUGCCAUAUAUAUUUUCAUUGAUGUCCUCACGGAAAUCAUACAUGAAACAAUGAGAGAAUCAAAUGCUUUGGGACACAUAACGCCUACAUAUGUUGCUGUAGUAGCUAUAUCAUUCCUCAUCACUGUUUGCAUAUUAGUAAACUACUCUUUUAAGUCAACUGGGGGAAUUUAUGAUCAAACAUGGAAUCCCAAUUCUCUAUCUAACCCAGACAGCAAAGAGUUGGUGCAAGUAUUGAGAAAAGCAUCAAUGGAAAGCAGAAUAGUCAUAAUGACUAUUGUUAAUGAAAAAUGGGCAAGUCCUAACUCUGUUCUUGAUCUCUUCCUAGAGAGUUUCAAGAUUGGUAAAGGGACCAAAAGGCUCUUGGAUCACCUGGUGGUUGCCACAUUAAGCAGCCAAGCAUUUCAAUUCUGCAAAUCUGUGCAUCCCCAUUGCUUCCAGCUAACAACAUUUUCCCCCAAACUUGCUAAGGAUAAGCAACUUGGUGUUGAAGAUUACCGCAUGCUUAUCCGCAAACGCAAUGAUUUGCUGCUUGAGGUGCUACAACUUGGUUACAGUUUGGUUUUCACAGAGGCUGAUGUUAUGUGGCUGAGGUCUCCAUUUGAGGACAUCCAUGGCACAAAAGAAAUCACAAUCCCAUGUGACAUUGAUUCCGACGAUGCACAAGGAGGUAGCAACACACCGGACAGCGGACUCUUCUAUGUGAAAUCAAACGAGUUCUCAAUCGAGAUUUUCAGAUACUGGAAAGUCGAGGGUGUUUUGUACCCAAAUUCCCAUGUUGACACUCUCUGCAAUGAGGUUAUGAUAAACCAGGAGUUUAUCGGAAUGCUUGGAGGAGGAAUAACAUUCCUGAGCACAGACUACUAUGGUGGGUUUUGCCAGCCAAGUUACAACUUGAGUGAGGUUUAUACAAUUCAUGGAAACUGCUGUGACAGUAUUGAGAGUAAGGUGUAUGAUCUGAGGCUUGUUCUUGAUGAUUGGAGAAAGUUCAAUGCACUAUCAUCAAGUGAUGGUUUGGGUUUCUUUCCUUGGAGAGCGCCAAGCAAAUGCAACCAUAAAAGUUUGUUUAUUUAGCAGAGAAGCUAUAAAUUCUUAAACAAUGGUAAGGAAACACAGAUUCUGCAGCAAAUAGAACCAAACUUAAAAAGCUCAUUCUCUAGACUCAGUUAAUGGAUGUGGCAAAAAACACCCUUGAUAUGCUUCAUUAACAAAGGGAAUAACAAAGUUUUCUUUUGUAGGAAAAACAUAUAUUAGCUCAUUACCAACAAAUUUUCAUAUAUUCACUUACUAAAGAUCUUGUAAUCCCGACGAUAUUCUACUUCUCCAUGCCAGUUGAUGAAGUGGAUUUCAACGCUUGAAGAUAAUCUUGCAAGAGCGGGAUUUUCUAUAAAGUUAAGAGUAAAUUUUGAAACAUUGUUUUUAUUUUGAAAGAUAGCAUCAGAAUUUAUGAAGCGUAGAGUUUUAGUAUUAGUUUAUAAGCUUUUAUGCUCGCGCUCCAUUCACUGUGAAAUCCAACA